AUGUUACGCCAGAGCCCGCAGCUGCUAUCACAUCUCCAGGCCGCUGUGCCAUGGGCCGCUAGGAAGACCCCGGCACUGGGGUGCUUGAUUAGCGAACCUUUAUCGAGAAACUACUCAUCCAUCCAAACCAAAAAGGAAGCCCGCGACAGUGAGCCGAAGCUGCGACACCCACGCUCUCUCCAAGCCAUCCACCUCAAGCCGCUGAAGCGCGAGGCCCAAUACGGCGUCCCCUCAUGCGAUCUCCAGCUGCGAUCAUUCAGCUUACAGCCCCUCCAAUUCUUCUCCGACUUUGCCCUGCGAGCCGCAUACUACCUGGGCCUCCCCGCCUCGGGCCCAGUAACACUACCCCGAAUCACAGAGCGAUGGACCGUGCCCAGGAGUCACUUCAUCUUCAAGAAGUCGCAGGAGAACUUUGAGCGUGUAACGCUGAGGCGCUUGAUCCAGAUCAAAGACGGCGAUCCCGAAACGGUCCAGCUUUGGCUGGCGUAUCUGCGCAAACAUCAGUUUUAUGGUAUUGGUAUGAAGGCAAACGUGUGGGAGUUUGGUCCAACGGAGAUGUCCAAAUCUCUCAACGACAUUGAAGCAGUGCAGGACGCCCCAUGGGCUCAUCUUGGACAAAUUAAAAGCAUUGGCGCAGCUGAAAAGGUGGCCGAUAUCCUGAGUGCUCGGCGGGUCAAGAAAUCCGCUGAUGACAACUUUCCAAUCCACGAGAUAUCAUAG